UGUGACCCCAACAGUCCCUGCCUGUGACCCCUACCAGUGUCCCUGCCUGUGACCCCAACAGUCCCUGCCUGUGACCCCAACAGUCCCUGUCUGUGACCCCUGCCUGUGACCCCAACAGUCCCUGCCUGUGACAGUGUGAGCUCUCAGCAUGGACCAGGACAAGGAGCAGAUGAUGGCCCUCCUCAGAUCCUACUCCACAACCAUUGACCCCAGCAGCACCAGGAGCAGCAUCAACCUACCCACAGCUCACCUUGGCAACCUGCCCAGCUCCCAGAUCCACGGCUCCCAGAUCCACGGCUCCCACAUCCACAGCUGUCCCACUAGCAUCAACCAGCUGGACGGCUGCAGUUCACACACAGUCCAUGGGCUGGACCAUAAACCAAAUGCCGUGCUGGAGGCCAGGUCAGGUGAGUCCACUGGGGAGCAGCUCUUCUGGCAGUCUGACCUUGACAUUGAGAAGGACAUGAGCAACACCUGCAGAAUCUGCCAGGUGCCAGGAGAGAAGGACGACAUUCUUGUGUCUCCAUGUCGCUGCUCAGGCACUCUCAAAUAUGUGCACUACUUUUGUUUGCUGAAAUGGAUUGACUAUUCCAGCAGAAAGACAACAAGAGCUCCCAUGUGUGAACUUUGUCACUUUGUUUACAUCCGACACAAACGAUUCAAAUUUCAGUGCCACGGCUUGCGUUGGCCACGCGUGUCCAGCAGAGACAAGUGUCUGCACACCAUCUUCCUCUUCACACUCCUCCUCAUGAUCAGCUGCGCGGUGGCCACUGUCCUCUGCUUCCUGUCUGACAAUGGCCAGGCAGCCGAGAGCAAGUCUCAGCUCAGCACGGAGGAGAUCAUCACGCUGACCAGUGGGGUCUUCUUCUUCAUCUCCUUCUUCAUCGCCAUGACUGUGGAGAUCAAGGCAAGACACACGCUCUACAGGCUGUUUCACAAAUUUCUCUUGAAUAACACAGAGUGGCAGAUAGAAUCCUAUGACAAGACCAAAGAUGUGACCCAGACGUGACCACCACAUGCUUGCUUGGUCUCGGCCCAACACUAGUGUGCCAGGUUAGAACUGUCCUGUUGGAUGGAGAACCCUUGGGUCUGUUGUCAUAUACAGCAUUUCCUCAACAUAAACAACAGGCAAUUAAAACAUGGAUGGCAGAUCAGGAUAGUCAGCAUCAUUGCUUCUAUACUUGAGCAAAUGAUUUGCCAUACAAACUAGAUAUCCUGGAAACACCACUCUUAUAUUUCAACUUUCCACUUGACAUAUGUCAAGUUGAAUACCACUUAGAUACAUGUGAACUAACUGCAAUACUUCAAUGUUAGAUGAGAGCCACUUGUGUGUCUGGUCAACUCCCUGCCUCUCCUGUGGUGAUCUUUGAAAGACUUUAAAAAGCUUGAAUGUCUGGUCCUCUCAGGUGUUUGAGUUGCACCUUUCUGGCUGGUAGUGCUAGCCAGACCAUUGGUUGCUAGCCAGACCAUUGGUUGCUAGCCAGACCAUUUUGGUUGCUAGCCAGAGCAUUGGUUGCUAGCCAGAGCAUUGGUUGCUAGCCAGACCAUUUUGGUUGCUAGCCAAACCAUUGGUUGCUAGCCAGAUUGGACGCAGCAACUCUCUGGGUUAGGUUUGCAAUCAACAGGGGUAAUGUCAUUAGUUUCCUACUGUAGCAGUCAACAGGUGUAAUGUUAUUGGUUACCUCCUGUAGAUUUGUUGGGCAGGGGACUUAUCAUGGGUAUAUCUCCUAUAACUACUAACAACUUAGCGCCAGUUAAAACUUGGCCUUACUAACAAGAAAUAAUUAACCCAGUUUUAUGCAACUGUCUGCAUAGGAACAAUAAUAUAUUUUUUAAAAAUGCAACACUUUGUUUUGAAAUAUUGGAAGCAAAAAAAAUUUCAAAGGUGCUUAAAAUUUCAGCUUUCUGUUAUUUGUUCAUGAAGUAUUUCUCUCCCAGAAAACAGGUUGUCAACUCCUUGAAUAAAAUGACCAGAGACUAUAUAAUUUCAGCAUAAAUUACAUACCCAAGUCUUUCAUUUGUCUGAUUGUAGCAGAAAAAAAAAUGUGUUUGAUUAAACUUGAGCUGAAUACAAUUGUAAAUGUCAACACUCCAUUGCUUGUAACUUAAACAGUGUAAAUAUUUGUUCCAUUCUUGAUGACUUUUCUAUGUACUUGUUUCACUUGUAUUAGUGUAGACUUGAUACUAUAAUAAAAUUGUAUUACCUUU